CUUUGAUUGCAGUAAGGGAGGGUGGGGGGUUUGGAAACAGUGUUCAUGAUGGACGGGAAAGAAGAAGAGAGUUGCAGUAUUUAUCCAGCGGUUCUGCCCUCCAGAGAUGAGAUUAGGGCUCGGCUGCUGCACUUCAUGCAGGAACAGAUGCACACCAGUAUGUGGACUGGUGUGCUGAUCGGAGUGGCAGCUGCUGUCUCACUCAUUAGUGUUGUCAUAUUUCUGCUGUACAGAAGAUACAAAGCAAAGGAGCAAAACGAAGCCCCCAAGUAUCGCUUCAGAAAAAGGGAUAAAGUCAUGUUUUACGGGCGAAAAAUCAUGAGAAAGGUGAAGACGUUGUCCUCCCCGGGUAACACAGGUCCGGUGUCUCAAAAACGAACCAGAAAGAGGCCCAAAGUUCUUUCAAUUGCCCGCAAGAUAUUGCGUUUUCGACGGGAGCCUCCGACUCUCGAGCCCAAAGAGCCACCUCCGUCGGUUCUGGAGGCAGAUUUGACCGAGUUUGACGUUCAGAAUUCCCGCCUGCCUUCUGAGGUCCUGUACAUGCUAAAGAACGUCAGGGUUCUUGGUCACUUUGAGAAGCCCCUGUUCCUGGAGUUGUGCCGUCACAUGGUGUUUGUGGAGCUGCAGCAGGGAGAAGGACUUUUCCGACCUGGAGACACAGACGACAGCAUCUUUGUGGUGCAGAACGGCCGACUGGACCUCUGUGUUAAUCAGAUCGAUGGCACGGAGCUGGUGGUAAAGCAUGUUUUCCCUGGUGACAGUGUUCACAGUCUGCUUAGUAUCCUGGACGUCAUCACUGGAUAUCCAGCCCCGUAUAAGACCGUGUCAGCCCGUGCUGCGGCUCCAUCCACCAUACUCCGUCUCCCUGCUUCAGCCUUUCAGUCAGUGUUUGAGAAAUAUCCCGAAACUCUGGUCCGAGUCAUUCAGAUCAUGAUGGUGCGUCUGCAGAGAGUGACCUUUCUUGCCUUGCACAACUAUCUGGGUCUGACCACCGAGCUGUUUAACACGGUGAGUCAGGCCGUUCCUUUGGAGAACGUAGCCAGGGUGCUGGGUGACGGAAGUCCUGGCCGAAGCCAUCGCAGACACUCAAACCCCGGAGAGGAAACUACAGCUGAGAAUCUUUUUCAGGGAAGCACAGAGAAUCAAAAGGAUGCAGGUGAUGGGAGACCCAGGCCGAUGGAGCACAGUUCCUCGGCAGCGUUCAGGAAAUCCCGUUCCAUGUCUACUCCCAUAGAAAGCUCAUUUUCAGGAGGGGACAGCGAUUUUAAUGCUUCCUUUGAGGAAGUGACUGUCCAGAAACCUGAACUCUCUUCGAACCCAUAUAAGUCAAUUUUGAAGAAGACCGUGACCAUGCAGCCUGCUCCCUCUGCCGUGUACCUCUACUCUGACACCGGGGGGCAGUCUGGCCACGUCCACCACAACAAAGUCAACGCUAUCUUCCAGGCUGCCAAGAAAGACCUGCUGAAGAUCAUUCAGCUCCAGGACCCAAGUCUUCUGGAAGGCAGAGUAACUCUGAGACAAGUAAAGGCUGGAAGUGUGGUAGCAAGCCAAGGAGACCAGGACGUGAGCAUGCAGUUUGUGAUCUCUGGCACGCUGCACGUAUACCAGCGGAUGAUCGACAGAGAUGAGGACUCGUGUCUGUUCGUGACUCACCCGGGUGAGCUGGUGGGUCACCUGGCCGUGCUCACCGGAGAGCCACUCAUCUUCAGCGUGCGUGCUCUUCGUGACUGCAGCUUCCUGUCCAUCUCUAAAACACACUUUUAUGAGAUCAUGCGUGAGGAGCCACAGGUGGUGUUGAACGUGGCUCACACAGUGGUGCGCAGAGUCUCACCCUUCGUCAGACAGAUUGAUUUUGCGAUCGACUGGAUGGCGGUGGAGGCUGGACGGGCCGUCUAUAGGCAGGGUGACAAGUCAGACAGCACCUUUAUCGUGCUGAGCGGUCGUCUGCGCUCCGUCAUCAUGAGGGAGGACAAGAAGAAAGAGCUGGCUGGAGAGUACGGUAGAGGCGACCUCAUCGGCGUGGUGGAAGCGCUGACCCACAUGAACCGAGCCACCACAGUUCACGCAGUGAGGGACUCCGAGCUGGCCAAGCUCCCUGAAGGAGCGCUGAUCUCCAUCAAAAGACAAUACCCUCAGGUUGUGACUAGACUGAUUCACCUGCUCGGCCAGAAGAUCCUGGGAAAUAUGCAACAAGUCAAUGCACCGUUAUCAGCUCAUGGCCUGGGCCUGCCCUCCUCUGGCAGUAAGUGGGAUGCAGGUAAUCCCGUCUCCAACCUGUCUACUGUGUCCAUCCUGCCUGUUUCUGAAGAUGUGCCUAUGACAUCCUUUGCUCUGGAGCUGCAGCACGCUCUCAGUGCUAUUGGCCCUACUUUACUCCUGACUAGUGACAUCAUCAAACAGCGCUUGGGUGCCGCAGCACUUGACAGUGUUCACGAGUAUCGGCUGUCCAGUUGGCUGGGUCAGCAGGAGGACAUCCACAGGAUUGUUGUGUACCAAUCUGACAGCACGCUGACACCGUGGACUCAGCGCUGUAUACGUCAGGCUGAUUGUAUCCUUAUUGUGGGCCUGGGAGAGCAGGAGCCCACUGUAGGAGAGCUGGAGCAGAUGUUGGAGGGCAGUGCGGUCCGGGCUCAGAAGCAGCUGGUGCUCCUGCAUCGGGAGGACGGACCUCCACCUCGAGGAACAGCCGAGUGGCUCAACAUGCGCAGCUGGAUCUCCAGACACCUGCACCUGUCAUGCCCUCGCAGGGUUUUCAGCCGCCGGAGCCUGCCCAAACUGAGAGAGCUGUAUCAGCGUGUGUUUGAGAAGCCCCCAGACCGCCACUCUGAUUUCUCUCGCCUGGCUCGAGCGCUGACAGGCAACGCUAUAGCCCUGGUGCUCGGGGGAGGAGGUGCUAGAGGCUGUUCACAGGUGGGCGUCAUCCGGGCUCUGUGUGAAGCAGGGAUCCCUGUCGAUCUGGUCGGCGGCACUUCCGUCGGCUCCCUGAUGGGGGCGCUGUUUGCCGAGGAGAGGAGCUACAGCCGGAUGAAAGUCAGAGCACGCGAAUGGGCCUUGGACUUUGGGAAGAUGUUUAAGAAGAUUCUGGACCUGACAUACCCAGUGACCUCAAUGUUUACCGGAGCAUCGUUUAACUCCAGCAUCAGUGGGUUGUUCAAGGACAGACAAAUUGAGGACCUCUGGAUUCCAUACUUUAACAUCACUACAGAUAUCACCGCCUCUGCUAUGAGAGUGCACACUGACGGCUCUCUGUGGAGGUACGUGCGUGCCAGCAUGUCCCUCUCGGGCUACUUGCCUCCACUAUGUGACCCAAAAGAUGGACAUUUACUCAUGGAUGGUGGUUAUAUCAAUAACCUGCCUGCUGACGUAGCUCGCUCGAUGGGUGCCAAAGUAGUGAUUGCGAUUGACGUGGGCAGUCAGGAUGAGACCAACCUGACCAACUACGGAGACUCUCUAUCCGGGUGGUGGCUGCUAUGGAAACGUCUGAACCCUCUAGCAGAGAAAGUGAAGGUGCUGAACAUGGCAGAGAUCCAGACGCGGCUGGCGUACGUGUGCUGCGUGCGUCAGCUGGAAUUGGUAAAAGACAGCGACUACUGCGAGUACAUCCGGCCUGCUAUCGACCGCUACGGAACUCUGGACUUCGGCAAGUUCGACGAGAUCGCUGAUGUGGGCUAUCAGCACGGGAAGACGGUGUUUGACCUGUGGUGCCGCAGUGGCGUGGUGGAGAAAAUGCUGAAAGAUCGACACCAGGAGGAGUUCCACAAAAGCAAGGGCACCAACGUGGUGACCUGUCCGAAUGCCUCGUUCACCGACCUGGCUGAGAUCGUGUCCCGGAUAGAGCCGGUGAAGCAGGCCAUCAUGGAUGAUGAAUCUGAAUAUCACACGGACUACGAUGAGGACAGGAUGCUGUCCGAUUUCGACAUCUCCAACGCCAGCAGUGAGCACGAGCACACGGAGGAAGAGGAUGAGAAUACAGACGAGACGGGUGACACCGCCGAUUCGGAUGAAGAAAUGAAACCGGUGAGAAGAAGAAGGCGGCAGCGCAACGCCAAUCACACAAGCCAUGAUGCGCAUUGAAGAAGAGAGUGAGGACACUAAAGGGUGUAAUGAUCACAUGACCUGAAUGUGAACGCAUUGAUUGAAAAGGCAAUGAUUGAAAUCUAUUAAGAAACUGAUUAUAAACUGAACAUUAUUGAUUCUACAUGAUUAUUAUUGACGGUGUCUAAAAAAUAAUGGAUGGUUUUAAACUGAUAUAAAUAGGCUUUUAAGGGGAUCUGCCUGUAUCCCAAAUACUGUUAUAUGACCUCUUGCUUGUGAGGUUUGUGAAAAUCACAGCUGGACAGUAAGUCUAGCUGUGUUAUUUGGUUAAAUAUUGAUCAGAGGCAGCUAAAUCAAACUGGAUCAUGUCACAGCAGAUUCAACAGUAUCAUCAGAAAUUCAGCUGAUCCUUCUAAGAAUCGUAUGUUAGCAGAUUCAGUUUUCAAAUAUUGAAUUGUUGUUUCAUUAAUCAUAGUCAUAUUACGUUGUAAAACAUAUUCAGCAGUAUUAUCAAAUACUGAGUUGUUGGAUUAUGGAAGUAAUUUUAUUGCAGUUUAGCAGAAUCAGUGGUCUUGUCAGAAACCGUAGAUAAUUGCCUUAUGAACCAUAAUAGACGGUUCAGGGGUAUUGUAGUGUCAUUAAAUAUCAAAUACUUGCUUUGUCAAUUACAUCUUAUCAUAUUGUAGCAGAUUCAGGGUUAUGGUUGAGUAUUAGUUAUUGCCUUAUGAAUCAAAUUCAUAUCAUAAUAGAUUUGUAUUGAAUUGUAUUGUGAAAUAUCAACUUGUUGCCUUAUGAAUCAAAUUAGUAUCCUGAGGUUUAGACCCUGACCCUGAGGGAUAUAUCACUGAAUUUUGUACGUACCUUUAGGUUUAACAUUUGUUAAAUCGAAGAAGGACAUAUGGUCAAUUUAUUUACUUUUACAAAGAAAAAAGGAAGGUAAUGUAAUUCUUUCAGUAUUCAAAGCAUCUUGAGCAGUGGUGUGAAAAGUGUACAAAUCCCAGCUAAAAUAUUACUCAGGUAAAAUUCAAAGUCCUCCAUUUAUAUUUCUACUUGAACAAAAGUACUUUGUUAUUCUCCUGACUGUCUGAAAGCAUCUCCACUUCUGAUUUUAAACACCUGCUACAUAAUUGAAUGUUCUAUAAAGGGAAGGCAAAUCACACAAUUACGUAUAUUAGUCAGCAGGUGGCGCUGUUACCACUUCAAAUACCUCACACCACUGUGGUUAUGUUACGUAAGCCAAUACCUUCAGUUUUGGAACUGUGUGCCUUCUAUAGAUCAAAGGGAUACUCCAGCAAUUUUCAUCCUAUUCUCUAUCCAACUUCUCUGUAGCAUACAGUAUGUGCUGUUAGUAGAGGCAAUAAAAAAAAUCAACACAAUUCUCUGCACUGAAAACAAGAAAAAAUGAUUAAAAAACAAAAGUUUAACUUUUGUUCAAAUCUAUAUUUAUGGCUAUAAGCAGAUGCCCUUAUCCAGAGCAACUUACGCUUGUCUCAUUAUACAUCUAAUCAGUUGAGGAUUA